AUGACGUAGGCUCGAGACGUUGGGAAUCCAACUCCCUCGUAAAAAGUAAUGAAAUAGGGUUUAAGUGAAGAAGAGUUAACAAAUACCUACUAGAAUCUAUUUAUAAGCAACUCAGGAUUAUUUUUAGAUAUGGCUCCUAAACCGAAACAGAAGAAAGCUACUACUUCGAAGACUGCGCAAGUCGGCGGGGAAAAAGGCCUAACUGUCUCGGCGAAGCCUCGGACUCAAGUUGGAUCUGCUCCCGGCGAAGUGCAUGGCACUUCUGAUGGUGCGGGACAGGAAGUUGCGGCAAUGUCGGCGGUCUCUAAGAAGAAACGGCAAGAACAACGCAUGCGUGAAGAAACAAGUAUGCAUGAACAGAUACUAACAAAACUACAAAUCCCAACUACGGCUGGAAGUGAAUCGGAAGUGGAAUCAGAUUCUUUGGGAAACACAGAUGAAGAAGAAGAGGAAAAGGAGGAGAUUAAAGGAGACAUAAGAGAUAUCCUGAUAUAUAUGAUGAAUGAAUUAAAAGCUAUAAGAACAGAUGUAAGAAGGAUGCAGAAUACACUCGAUAAUGUGGUGGAAAAACAAAAGAAGAUGGAUAAUAAAGUUAAAGAGAAGGAAGUAAAAAUGGAAGAAAACACUGAAAGAAUAGAUAAGAUAGAAGACAAUAAUCUUGCCUGGACAACACAAAGAAAACGGAUAUUGGAAAAAAUAGAUGCGCUUGAAAACUCUAGUAGACAAAAUAAUAUUAAAAUUGUUGGUCUUAAAGAAGGUACAGAGGGAGAAAUUCCGAUAAAAUUCUUCCAAGAAUGGAUUCCGAAAAUUUUGGAAACGAAAGAAGGAAGUCAAGUAAUUGAAAUUGAAAGAGCACAUAGAGCUUUAAGACCAAAACCUCAACAAGAUCAAAAUCCAAGAUCAAUUUUGAUAAAAUGCUUAAGGGGAGCUGGAGAAGCUCCUGAUCGAUGGCUGUGAGUUUCACGUGUACAAUCAUGGCGAUUGCCAUGACCUGUAAAAUGGGGGGGGG